UCAAGGAAAAGGGGGUGGGGAUUGGCGAUAACAGGGCGCAGAAGCCGCCGCGGGUCUCUGGCUUCAAAGGGCGGGGGGGCGCUUAAAAGCUUGGCUUGGGGGGCGGCUAGAAAUUACCCCCCCCGGUCUAUUUUUUUUUUUUUUACUUUGAUUUUCUGGUUGGAAUUUUUUUUUUUUUUUAAAGAAAGGCGACCCACCUCAACAUGCAAGAUUUCUCUGCUUGUUCACUGCGACGUGCUUGAAAGUUGCCUCCACGGCAACCGCCCCCACCCCCCAAGAACCUGCUGAGCUCUCAAUGUCCUGCUUCCUGGACUCGCCCUGAUUGCACCCUGGCUGCUGCGGCUUCGCCCUCUCCAGCCCCUGCUUUGAAGGAUACAAAAUGUACCAGAGUUUGGCUCUUGCCCCUAACCCCGGCCAGUCGGCGUACUCCCACGACUCCAGCAAUUUCCUGCAUUCGCCGCCCAGCCCGGCCGUCUACGUGCCCACCAGCCGGGUAUCCUCCAUGCUGCAGAGCCUGCCUUACCUGCAGAGUUGUGAACCUGCCCAUCAGAGCCAUCCCCUGAGCGGCCACCCAGGCUGGGCACAGGCAGCCGGAGCCGAUGCAUCCCACUUCAAUGCCAACAGCCCUCACCCGCCGUCAAGCUUUUCCUAUUCGCACAGUCCCCCGUUGGGUGGCAACGCUGGGCGGGAGGGGAGUUACCAGAGCUCGCUCUUGCUCGGCGCCGGCGGCCGCGACCAGUAUGGCAAUGCCCUGGUGCGCUCCGUCAAUGGAUCCUAUUCUGGUCCUUACCCCGGCACCUACGUCAGCCCCGCGGAGAUGCCGCCAUCUUGGACAGCGGGGCACUUUGAAAGCAGCGUCUUGCACAGCCUCCAGACACGGCAGGGGACCUUGCCUUGCAGGAGAUCCACGUUUGAGUUUUUGGAAGAAUUCCCAGGCGAUGGCAGAGAAUGUGUCAACUGCGGGGCAAUGUCCACCCCGCUCUGGAGGAAGGACGGCACCGGGCACUACCUGUGUAACGCCUGUGGGCUCUAUCACAAAAUGAAUGGCAUUAACCGGCCCCUCAUCAAACCACAGAAAAGACUGUCCUCCUCGAGACGGGCAGGUCUCUGUUGCACCAACUGUCAUACCACCAAUACGACGCUCUGGAGACGAAAUGCCGAGGGGGAGCCUGUAUGCAACGCGUGUGGAUUAUACAUGAAACUCCACGGGGUGCCGAGGCCUCUGGCAAUGAAGAAGGAAAGCAUCCAGACAAGGAAGAGGAAACCUAAAAAUAUAGCCAAAGGCAAAUCUUCAACAGGGUCCACCACUUCAACCACCGAUUCUCCUUCUUCCAUUACAAACUCUGAAAGCACCGUCACUUUAAAAACAGAACCCACUGUGACAUCACUAUCUGGACAAUCGAUAGUGUCCACUGCCCAGGGUCCAAACCAGCCUGAGGAUACCCUGGCUGACAGCCAUACUCAGUUCAAGUACGAGCCGGAGGAUUACGCCUUCUCUUCGGCCCCCGUGCCCCAGCAGCCAGGACUGAGUGUUGCUCUUCGCCAAGACUCGUGGUGUGCGCUGGCGCUGGCCUAAAAAAAAAACAACAGUCUUCCAUUUUGAAACAAGUGUGCUUCAGAACAAGCUUUUGGUUCGUUUUAGGCUGCCGGUGGACAGCGAGCGAAAGGGAUCUCUUGCCUUUGUCUUUGAGUCUGUAAUCAACACAGUGCUUCUUUUGUUAAAAGAUGGGUUUUGUUCUCUUCUCCCUCCGUGGAAGGCAUCCGCUCAAGCAGCAGCGGAGAAUGGCCGUGCGCAUUCUUCCUGACCCGCCCGGCUCUCUUGGUACUUGGUUGUCUCCGAGCUUUAACUCUCACCUUCACAAAUGGAAAAAAACGGGAGAAAUGGGGACUUCUGUCAUUGGGAGAGGGGCUUCUCUCUUCCCUCCAUGAUGCGUUCUAAAGCAAUAAAUUUCAGGAUCUGUUUUAUUCACGCUGAUUGCCUCCCUCCCUCUUUUUAUGACUCCCCUAUGUGCAAUUUUACUUCACUUCCCAAUAAAGACUACGAUAGAUUGUG